UGACACGAAAAAGUUUGGAUUAUCAUUGAAAUUGUACAGCGAACGGGACGACCAGAGCGUGCGAGUGAUCUAUGGAAGCUCCGAAGUCACAGCUCCCGAUUCUCCUCGUUUGUCUGCUGACCUUUUCCGACAUUUUCGUAGGCAACACUCUCUCCGAGGGUGUCACUCCUCAGGAGGCUAGAGAGCUCCGAGAUGAGGUGCGCGAAAUGUUUUUUCAUGCCUUUAAUGGGUACAUGGAGCAUGCUUUUCCACGUGAUGAGUUAAAGCCUUUAUCAUGUGAAGGAGAAGAUACACUUGGUGGCUAUGCCCUGACACUUAUUGACUCAUUGGACACGUUAGCUUUACUUGGUGAUCAGGAGCGCUUCUCUACUUCUGUUGAAUGGAUUGGUAAAAAUCUUCGGUUUGAUAUUAACAAGACAGUAUCAGUUUUUGAGACUACAAUCCGGAUUCUUGGAGGCCUGCUUUCUGCUCAUCUCAUUGCAAGUGAUUACAAUACGGGCAUGAAGGUUUCCUCCUAUGAUGAUGAAUUGCUUUAUUUGGCUGUGGAUUUAGCACAGAGAAUGUUGCCUGCAUUUGAUACUCCUACAGGAAUACCAUUUGGUUCUGUAAAUCUGUUGCAUGGAGUUGAUGAAAAUGAAAGCAAGGUAACAUCCACAGCUGGUGGUGGGACUCUUACACUAGAAUUUGGUGUGCUUAGCCGCUUGACAAAUAAUCCCGUUUUUGAACAAGUUGCAAAGAAUGCAGUUCGGGGGCUAUGGGCUCGCCGAUCAAAGAUUAAUCUAGUUGGUGCUCAUAUUGAUGUUUUUACUGGUGAAUGGACACAAAAGGAUGCUGGAAUUGGUACAAGUAUAGACUCUUUCUAUGAGUACCUUUUGAAGGCUCAUCUGUUAUUUGGAGAUGAAGAGUAUCUAUUCAUAUUCCAGGAAGCAUAUAAAGCUGCAAUGAACUAUCUAUAUAGUGAUCCCUGGUAUGUAGAGGUAAAUAUGAACUCUGCUGCUCUUGUGUGGCCACUGUUCAACAGUCUACAAGCAUUCUGGCCGGGUCUUCAGGUUUUAGCUGGGGACAUCGAACCUGCCAUUCGAACACAUGCUGCCUUCUUUAGUGUGUGGAAAAAAUAUGGUUUCACUCCAGAGGGCUUCAACCUUGCAACACUCAAUGUUCAACCAGGCCAGAAAAGCUACCCUUUGCGUCCAGAAUUAAUCGAGAGCACAUAUUGGCUUUACAAAGCUACCAGGGAUCCCAGAUAUCUUGAUGCUGGAAGGGACAUGCUAGCGAGCUUGCAAUACGGUGCACGAUGCAAUUGUGGAUAUUGUCAUAUAUCUGAUGUUGAGUUUCACAAACAAGAAGAUCACAUGGAGAGUUUCUUCUUGGCAGAGACUGUCAAAUAUUUGUGGCUGCUUUUUGAUUUGGCUGCCGGUCCAGAUAACCUAGUUGAAAAUGGCCCAUACAAGUACGUCUUCAGCACUGAAGGUCACUUGUUGCCUGCGAGUCCUCAAAUAUCUCUAGUACACGAGCAUUGUUCAUACCUUGGAGCGUACUGUAGGACCAGUGAUCUUGAACCGACAAUUCAUGCUUCACACAUUGCAGAAAUCAAUUCUAGUGGAUCCUAUCCCCAUUCCACCGCUUCCAGUUUCUUGUCACACCCCAGUUAUCAAAAACCUCCGCCCAUGUCUGGCUUGAUUAAGGGACUGUGUCAGGGGCUUACUCACGGGCAAAGAUUUGGCAUAUCGUAUGUGGCCUCUACGAGUCCUAGUGUAAAGGAGGAUGAGCAAUCAAGCCAAAGCGAGGCUCCAGCGACUAAGGGACAUUCAUUAGUACUGGUUACUAACCCUGAUAUCGAACACUCCCAAACAAGUGCUCAAAAUGAUCACGAUAAUGAAAAGAUACCUACCGAGAACCAGAGAGCGCCUCUUCCUGAGAAUGAAGAAAGACCAUCUGGGUAGCUGUUAAAGCGUUUGGAAGAAGGCCAGCACAAGGCUACAUCAGAAUGGAGCUUAGCUUUCUGAAACUAGUAAGCGCGAUGCAGACUGUUCAAGUGACAGAUACACGCAUUUGUCCAGCUUCGAAUACUGGAUUGUAGAGCUGGUGCUGCUAAUCCCGCUAUAGGACAUCAUUGGACUCGGAGGCUGAGAAUAGACUUAUUCUCGUCAAAAGGAAAAACACGCGACUAGUCGUUCAGGCCAACGCCCGAUUCUUUGAUUUCCUUAAUGGAUUUUUGUACCAUAGUGAGUUUUAAAUUCUCAAGUUUAGGUACUGAUAAGUUGAUUAUUGGGUCAUCUGGUGUUCAAUGUACAAUUUAAGUAAAAUAGAUAGCAAGCUGGAUGUCAUCUUUCAUAGUUGUGAUUUUAAUUUGAGUAAAAUUAUAACAUUUGUUGGCUUUCACAGCAGUGCUAGAAACAGAAAUCAAAACAAAUUUUCAAAAUAAUGUUUAUUA